AUGUGGCGCAAGCGAAAAACGGCAAUUCGUCGGGGAGUGAAGCUUUCUGGUCCGCCGCUUGAGUUCGCUACGAGCCACUUGGAUGAGUAUGCACGGAAAUUCCGAUGGCCUCAACAUUUUCGGAAUCUCCGUAAUACCGACUUUUCACAGGAUCCGUCAGAGAUUCUUGAGGAUUACGAAAGUCCGUUUGCGCAAGUCCCGCGUCCCAUAAUCGCACUAGCUGCUGAAGCCCUGCAACGCUCGUCGCGAAAGCGAAAACGAACUGCCCACAGUGAGAAUCGGGAAAAUAUUCCUUCUGCGUCACGACUAUUUAAUAUCGCACGUGUCGGCGGUCAAUUUGGCGAUCACUUCGUGGAGUCCUUACUCACUGCUAACGGCAAAGCGCUUCAAGGCAUUGCUGAUCAUGACCAUGACGAGCGUUGCUGGUCUUCGUUACCGAUCAAGAAAAAGCCUGUUGCGAACUGGAGAUUCGUUCUCGAGCACGUGCGCAGAACUAUGGGCAGAUCGGAAAGUGACGGCGCUGUCUUCCCACCCAUGAGGCAAGAGUGA